AUGGGUUUCUGGGAUACCAUCACGGACCUCGCUGAGGCCGCCAUGCCGUGGGCCACCGUCGAGGCCGAGGCUCCUGCCGCCGAGGAGAAGGAGGAGGAGACCGCCGAGGAGGAGUCCAAGGAGGAGCCCGAGGCCGAGGAGGAGGAGGAGGAAGAAGAGGAGGAAGAAGAGGAAGAGGAGGAUGAGGAGGAGACCGUCGACCCCAAGGAGCAACUCGAGAAAGACUGCGAGGAGUCCAAGGCUUGCGCACCGGCCAAGCACCACUACGACGAGUGCGUCGAGCGCGUCACGGCGGCUGCCGACAGCGAGGAGGGUGCCAAGGAGGACUGCGUUGAGGAGUUCUUCCACCUCGCUCACUGCGCCACCCAGUGCGCCGCCCCCAAGCUCUGGGCCAAGCUCAAGUAA